AGGAGGGGAGGCUAAUUUGGAGGAGAAGCAGAAUUUUCAUGGUGGGAUGGUACUCUCGUUGAUGACGGGCGAGUAAUUUUGAUGUAGUACUUUGUGAUCAGGCCAGAUGAAGGGGUGCAGCUGUCGGGAGGAUCAAGCGGUGGUGGGGGCAAGACAGGAGGCCCCACGGAGUAUGUCAUGCCAGGAUCUCGUGAUGAAGCGCGAGUGCACUGCAGCCACAACCACCGCUGUGCCAAAUUAACAGCGCCAGGCUGCUGCAAGGCCCUCGCCUGCACUGCAGAGGGUGUGAUGAGUUAGUAAACCGCGUGCAGAGUAUCUCUUCUUUCCAUGUAGUAUUCACCUUCCACCAUACUUGACCAUGGAGGACGUGGAGUCCAUACAGAGUUGGACAUUACUGGUAGAGUAGGAGCGAUGGACGUUAUGGCCCGGUCCGGAAUUUCACGCAAUUAACGGUCCGAGCCAAUUAAUUUGUGGACGGAACGGCAAACUUGCUGACUGCGGCGAAUCGGCAUCGCGCUCGCUUGCAUUGCUUGUGAAGUGGAACACUUUAUGAUCUUUAUUUUGCUAAGGCAAAUUGUGCCCAAGAUGGCACCGAGUGAUGCAGAGAUAGCAAUGUUGAAGGAGCUCGCCCUUGCGGCGUAUGCUCCUGAAACAGAUCAUAGCCGAGAACUUCAGGUGAAGAACGAUAUGAUCGACGAUAUCACCGUAGCCGAUGGUGCUGUCGAUGUUCGUGGACGUCCGUCUAUCAAAUCCAGAACAGGGAAUUGGAAAGCGUGUUGGCCUAUAUUCGGAUGCGAGGUAUGUGAAAGAGUCGCGUUCUACGCAAUCUCAUCCAAUUUAGUCAUCUAUCUCACAACAGUCCUCCAUGAGGAUAUAUCGGUUUCCGCAAGGAAUGUCAACAACUGGUCUGGAACAACCUUCUUAACUCCACUAAUCGGAGCUUUCAUUGCGGACGCUUGUCUUGGACGCUACUUAACCCUUGGCACGUUUUUGUGCGGAUAUUUCCUGGCUCUAACUUUUGUCACAAUGUCCGUAACAUUACCAGUGUUGAAGCCCCCGGAGUGUAAGGAAUUGACCUCAGCACUGACAAAAUUAUGUCCACCAGCAACGAAAUUACAACGUGGCUUCUUCUACUUUGCACUGUACCUAAUGGCCAUGGGCGCAGGAGGAAUCAAGUCAUGCGUGACAGCUUUUGCAGGUGACCAGUUCGAUAUCACCGAUCCAGUCGAAGCAAAGCGUAAAAUGUCAUUUCCGAACUGGUGGUUUGUGAGCAUUAGCUUUGGCACAAUGCUCUCAGUAAGCCUGCUAGUUUACGCGCAAGACACCAUAGGCUGGUCGUGGGGAUACGGAAUCCCGACGGGCAUCGCUGGAUUGGCUACGCUGAUCUUUUUCAUCGGUACUCCCUUGUAUCGAACUCAUCAUAUCCGCGGAGGAAGUCCAUUCACACGCGUUGCUCAAGUCCUUGUAUCCGCUGCUCGAAAUUGGAGGGUCUCUGUACCAACUAAUCCCGAGCUUCUAUAUGAACUCGACGACAAGGAAGCUUUGACUCAGGCUCAUGGCAAACUGCGUCGGCAUACUUCUGGCCUCCUAUUUUUGGAUAAAGCUGCCACAGUUCAAGUCAUGGAACACGAAUGUGUGUUUAGGUUUGAAGAAGUGAUUAAGCCUGAUCCGUGGAGACUGUGCACAGUUACACAAGUCGAGGAGGUGAAAUUAUUGGUUCGCAUGCUUCCAAUCUGGGUGACGAACCUAAUGUUCUCCGCCGUGUUUGCUCAAGUGGGCACUCUGUUUCUUAACCAGGGUACCACGCUGAACAGAAAGAUGGGACCUAGCUUUCAAAUUCCAGCUGCCUCGAUGCCCCUCUUCGUCACUCUAACAAUCUGCAUAUUUUUACCCCUAUAUGACAAAUUUUUUGUAUCUGCCGUACGACGAAUCACAGGAGAUAAACGUGGAUUGACAAUGUUGCAGAGGAUUGGAGUUGGGCAAGUUAUAUCCACGCUCUCCAUAACCGUUGCUGCCUUUGUAGAGAUGAAACGUCUGCGCCUUGCGCAUUCUCUUGGCAAAGACUAUGUUGGACCUCUUCCUAUGACCAUUUUUUGGCUCCUACCGCAAUACAUGUUAACUGGGAUCUGCGAAGUGUUCCUCUCAGUCGGUCAGAUGGAGUUUUUCUUAGACCAGGCUCCAGAAUCAAUGCGCAGCCUGGGUAACGCUUUGUACCUAAGUACAGUAGCAGUAGGAAGUUUUCUUAGUAGCCUUUUAGUGUCCAUUGUCACAAAUAUUACGUACGAUUCGAAUGGAGGCUGGAUUGGGAACAACUUGAAUGAAAGCCACAUGGACUAUUUCUAUUGGCUUCUUGCAGGUUUGAGUUUGCUCAAUCUCUUAUUCUACACAUUUUUUUCUAAACGGUAUACCUAUAAAGACUGUAACAAGGCAGAUGGGAGCAGGAGGUCUCCUGAAUCUCCGAGUUCCGACUCAAGUGGCACCCUUCAAUCAGGCCACUGUCUGACAGUUCCCAACGCCGUGGCACCUCUGGGAUACAAAGAGCUAAAAUAGGAAGGGCUGGGCAGCAUGUGGUUUCGACGUCUUUGAUAUCACUACAGUAGUGCUUGAAAGAGUAAGUAUGUUGAGGCUCCUUAAUUUCUAUUGCAAGCUUCUUUUUCCAAGCUGCAAGUGUUGGCAAGAGUUUAUCGUGUAAUAGUAACAUCAGCGACCAGUGACCGCUGGCUCUCCUUCAAAAGUUACCUGUAUAUUCAGGACUGUAGAUGUAUUAUCAAGGUUCCCAUCAAACUCUUAGAAUUUUGGGUUGACGAGUUGAGGUAAUCAGAUGUAGAAGGCUAUAAUUGGCGUCUCCCGAGCCUGAUGUAGAGUUCACCAAUACGUAUUCAUAAUGCCGUAAUUAUUUGAUUCAUUGUGAUA